UGGCCCCCUCCUAGCCUACCGCUCCCCGAUCCAAUCUGUGCCGUCCGUUCUCCCGCCGCAACCUUCGUCUUGUCCUCAAGGCCGGCGGCGGCCACUGCCCGCCUUACACCAUGAAACCACCACGGCUCUUUCCCCUCCUCCGCCGCCACCUCUCAUCCGCCGCCGACGCCACCGCCGACGCCGCGGAGCUUUCCAGCGCGCUAUCCGUGGCGCCCUCCUCAGAUGCGAAACGCGAUCUUGCCAUCCUGCUCCGCCGCCUUGGCGGCCGCGGUCUCGCCUCCGCCCUCUCGUCCCUUCCGGCUCCGCUUCCCGCCUCCUCCGCCCUGCGCCUCCUUCAGCAUAUUCUCUCCGACACCCACGCGUCCGCCUCCCGCCACGCCGAGGACCUCCUGUCUCCUCGCGUCUCUACGCUCCUCCUACCAUCGCUCGUCGCCGAUGGCGCCUCGCUACCGUCCGCGCGCCGCCUCAUCUCACGCCUCCUCUUCUUCAACCCUCUUUCUGUCGCCGCAGCGGCUAUCGCGGACUCCGACUGCACUGCCACAGCGGACCUUCUCGUCCGCGCCUGCCUCAACUCGCCUGCCCCCGGAUCUCUGUCCUGUGCCGCCGAUGCCUUUCUCGAGCUUUCCACACGUGGUGCAUCACCGUCCAUCAAGACAUGCAAUAUCCUUGUCGAAGCCCUAGGUUGUGGUGGCCAACUGGACCUGGCCCGCAAGGUGUUCGGAGAAAUGCGGGAUGGCAACGCUGUUGCUCCUGAUGUGUACACAUACACGGUGAUGAUUAAGGCACUCUGCAGGGCUGGAGAGAUUGAUGCUGCUUUUGUGAUGCUUGCGGAGUUGGAACGGUCUGGUAUCCAGCCGACGGUUGUCACUUACAACGUGCUAAUGGAUGCAUUGUGCAGGAGUGGGAGGGUGGAAGAGGCCUUUCAGUUGAAGGGGAGAAUGGUUGAAGGCAGGCUGAGACCAAGCAUUGUCACAUUUGGCAUCCUGAUCAAUGGUCUUGCAAGGGGCCAACGGUUUGGUGAGGUUGAUGCAGUGCUGCAGGAGAUGGAGGGUUUUGGGAUCACCCCCAAUGAGGUUAUUUACAAUCAGCUGAUCGGUUGGCAUUGUAGGGAAGGACAUUGCUCAGAGGCGCUUAGGCUGUUUGAUGAAAUGGUCUCAAAGGGGAUAAAGCAGACAGUGGUGACUUACAACUUGAUUGCGAAGGCUCUGUGCAAGGAAGGAGAAAUGGAACAUGCUGAGCAGAUAUUGGAUGAGAUGUUGUUGGCUGGAAUGACGGUUCAUUGCAGCUUGUUUAAUAGUGUGGUUGCAUGGCAUCUUCGCGGAACUGGAAGACUGGAUGUGGUGCUAAGGCUUAUAAGAGAAAUGGUUGCGAGAUUUCUGAAACCAAAUGAUGCUGUGAUGACAGCUUGUAUCCAGGAGCUUUGCAAAAGAGGGAAACACGAAGAAGCAGCUGAAAUUUGGUUCCUAGUAUUGGGUAAAGGUUUGGGUGUCAAUAUUGCAACAUCCAAUGCGUUGAUUCAUGGGCUUUGCCAAGGUAACAACAUGAAAGAAGCUACUAAGGUUCUAAAGGCUAUGGUGGAUAGCGGGGUUGAAUUCGAUAGAAUCACAUAUAAUAUAAUGAUUCAAUUCUGCUGCAAAGCCAGUAAAAUGGAGGAAGCAAUACAACUUCGUGAUGACAUGAUCAAAAGAGGGUUUAAGCCAGACCUCUUCACGUUUAAUACUUUCCUACGCGCUUACUGUAAUUUGGGUAAGGUGGAAGACAUCCUUCACUUGCUGGAUCAGAUGAAAAGUGAGGGUCUUAAGCCAGAUAUUGUGACAUAUGGUACCAUAAUAGAUGGUUACUGCAAAGCGAAGGAUGUGCAUAAGGCGAAUAAAUAUUUGAUUGAAUUGAUUAAAAAUGGGUUAAGACCGAAUGCAGUCAUCUAUAAUGCUCUUAUUGGUGGUUAUGGUAGGAAUGGUAGCAUUUCUGAUGCAAUUGGUGUUCUUGACACUAUGAAGCAUAAUGGCAUACAACCAACACCAAUAACUUACAACAGCCUUAUGUAUUGGAUGUGUCAUGCUGGUCUUGUUGAAGAGGCCAAAGAAAUUUUCGCGCAAUGUAUACUAAAGAACAUUGAGCUUGGUGUAAUUGGCUACACAAUUAUAAUACAAGGUUUUUGCAAAAUAGGAAAAAUUGAUGAAGCUGUGAUGUACUUUAAGGAAAUGCAUUACAGGGAUAUACGUCCAAAUAAGAUGACCUACACCACUUUGAUGUAUGCCUAUUGCAAAUGUGGCAACAAAGAAGAAGCUUUCAAGCUUUUUGACGAGAUGGUGAGCUCAGGCAUUGUUCCUGAUACUGUUUCUUACAAUACACUAAUUUCAGGGUGUUGUGAGGUGGAUUCAUUGGAUAAGAUUGUAGAAAGUCCCGCUGAAAUGUCCUCAUGAGUUUUGGAACAAGGUGGUUGUUUGUCAACGUUUUUGAUAAUGGAUAACUACACCCUGGAGCCAGAGAAGCUGUGUCUAGUGUUGAAUUAUGUGUAACCAAGGAAGAUGUAAGAAAGGAGACUCAAACUUUGAGCUUGAUAUAUCACCCUAAUGUCAUCAGGUCUUAGCGCUCAUUUGUUGUGGGUCAAAACCUUUGGGUAGUAGUGCUGUUCAUGCUAGAAGGUUCAUGUUUGCACCAAAUGAAGGUUGGAUAUCUGAUGGUUUUGAGGAGCCAGUUAUUGCCUCUAUUCUAAAGGAAACACUCAAAGCUCUAGACUACCUCCAUAGGCAAGGACAUAUUUUCACCAUGAUGUGAAGGCAGGAUAUCUUUAUUGCCAUCCCGGUGUAGUCAAGCUUGGGGACUUUGGUGUCUCUGCUUGCAUGUUUGAUAGGAGGCAAGGGGCUAUGAAUACAUUUGUUGGAACACUGUGCUGGAAUUAGGAUGGCUCCAGAAGUUCUCCAGCUUCAAACUGGAUAUAAUUUCAAGUAUAUGGUGAUUCUACACGCACAUGCUUAGUUCUGCUUGACAAUUUGCAUUUCUCGAUAAACCUGAGAUCGAGCAAACACUAUGUUGGAAUUUAGUUUUACUUUUUUGUGCUUAAAUAUGAGUGCAGCAUAUCAUCAACAUCAAGUUGGAACUUUUACUCUGCCCAGAGAUUAGGUGAUCACCAGAUUCUGGUUGGUUCCAGUUUGAGAGCUGAUAUGGUCUUUGGAAUAACUGCACUGGAGGUGGCACAUGGACAUGCUCCCUUUUUGAAGUACCCUCCUAUGAAGCUAAAGGAUUCAGCUAGCUUUGAAGAGAAUGCCUUCUUCAGAAAUCAGAACAAGAAACACUUUUCAUGGGUGAGUGUUAAUAAGGGGUCAGUGCAUGAAACUUUGAUAUUGAGGAUCUAAAAAGCCAGCCAUCACUGAUUUGCAAUGAUGAUGCACCUGAAAUAGAAGAACAUGAUGACACUGCUAGAAUAACUGACUUCGAUAAAGUUUGUUUGAGUCCUUUGUCUUUAUUUUAAAAAUGCCUUCGAGUCCUUUGUCUUUAUUUUAAGAAAUGCAUUAGUCAUGUGUACUAGGAAUAAUGACAUAAAUAUGAUGUAAGCUUCACAGAGUGAUAGAAGAAAUCAUAUAUAAGAUCAUCAUCUGUCA